AUGGCAGCCCAAGACAGCCAGACUAGCGAGUUUCAGAAGCUGGCUUACAAGUCUUUGAGCAAGUACUUCCAGGAGCACGAGGAUGAAGUUGUCGAGAUUGAGAUUCUACCUGCUGCUAUACAGCCGCCAGAUGGUAUCACCAUGCAAGAUGGAUUGAGCCUAGGAGUCCCGAAAAAGAUACUCGCAUUAGCUUACGUGGAAGCCCGCCAAAGAUUCUUCAUGAACAAGCAGACUCGGGAUGCAUUUACUGUUGCACAGGCAUUGCAAGCGACAAAAGUUAUGCUUCUGUUCGAUCCUGAGCAUCUUACUGCAGCAAACUACCGAAAGCGCGCCUUGUCGCGGUUGGAAGAAGAUCACGGUCUGCAUCUUGGGAACCCGUAUCACAGAGCACUACGACAAGAGCUUUGCUUUCUAAACAGCAUUCUUACAUCUCCACUUCAUCGUCAGUCUAAGUCCCCAACCUUGUGGUACCACCGCUCCAAUAUCGUGGACUCUUUGACACCCAUCGAACUGAAAGAUGCGCCGCAAGAUCGUAUAGCAGAAUUCUGGCAUAGCGAACUCGCUGCUGUUUGCAAGUCUGGAGAGCAACAUCCGAAGAAUUACCACGCCUGGCAGUAUGCUCGUAGGCUUGUACACAGGAUCAAGAGUCGUGAACUGGCCGAUGAUAUCGCUCGUCGCGUCAAGGACUGGUGCUGCAGGCAUCCAAGCGAUAUUUCUGGUUGGUCUUUCAUGCUGCACCUGAUGCCUAUCAUAGCCACGUCGUUACAGCAAGAGCUAGUGGGCGAUAUCAUCAACUACGCGAUAAGUCUCGAUUGUGAACAGGAGUCACUAUGGAUCUUUAUACGUACAACUUUGGCGUUACGCAACACGGAGUUUUCAGCGUCCUACCAAUCGCUUCGGGCUUAUAAAAAGGAUCUGGAGGAUACCAAUCGGCAUCCAAUAGCAAUGGAGCGCGUGUGUAAUGCUAUCGUCUGGGUCGAUGCCCACCGCCAGUCUGGCGUGUGGACGAGACACUUCAUCGUUGAGUAA